AUGCAGUACCAGCCGAACUCGGCGCUAGGACCACAUGGAUACGUGUUGUCUACUACUGAGGGGAUCUUGAAAUUAUCUGAAACAGGAUUGUUGUUAAACAAACAGGGUAUACUCCGAUAUCGCAAGACCAUAGAGCAAAGUAAAGUUGAUUCGAUCAACAUGACUAGUACGGAGAUUACUUUGAAAUAUAUACCAGAGAGUAGUAUCAAUAUAGACAAAAAGAAUUCCGAGCAUUCAUGUGCCUGUGACACUAAUGGAAGUGAAUCAGACAUUUUAAAGAAAAUCUCGAAGCAAGAAUUGUCCAAUGUAUUGCACGAUGAACCUGCAACAGCCGAAAAUGAGGAGGCGCCUGUGGAAGUUGAAGAGCUCCCGAACAGAAGCAAAAAUGAUCCAUCAAUGUUGAGGAUGUCGAUCAACAUACGUCUAGGGAAAAAAGUUGGAAAAAUUCGUUUUGCACUGGGAUACCUAUCUGACGAGCAGGAGUGCUUUGAGCCGUUCUUCGAGGAUAGCUUCACGGGCGGCUCGUGUCUCAAGAUCAACCCCUCUGAUGAAAUCUACAGCGAGCAUCGCACUUCCAGGUUGUUUUUUAGCGAUUUCCCCAUCCAGAAGACGCUGAUAGCGUGUGUUGUGACAAAAACGUUGUCAGGUCAUGAAGACCAGCUCCUUAAUAUGCAAUUGAACAUGACGGAUGCGAGGGGGCAUAACACAAAGGUAGUUUUAGUGGGGCGUAGUGUACCCACCGAUCGCCAGCAAGACAGUGAGGCUGGCAACUCGGGCUCCGAAUUUCUCUUCGCUUACCCCGUGGAAGUUGAGCCGGAAUUUGGAUGCCUGCAGCAAUAUCUUUUGCUUAACGAGCCUGGUUUCUACGUUCCCGUGGAAAAUGUUUGUAACUGGAAAGUGAGGUACUACGAGGUGAAUGUGUCGCGAUCCUGCAUCAGGACGAUCACCUGUAAGACCGGGAUCCCUGAAGGGCCAAUACUUCUAGGACACUUCGCUCUUUGCGAAAAGAAAACAGGACAAUGAAUUUGUACCAAGACAAUCGAUAACCAAAUCAAGAUUUGUAUUUUCUAGUUAAAACUCGUACAUUGUACCUUUAUUUGUUGGACAGUGAUAGCAAAAACAGUAUUAAUUUAAGAAAAAUUUGAUUUUCCCUUGUUUUAUGGCUUUUGUGAGUACAUACUUUAUAGUAAGAAUGGUGUAUUUCCCUUAUUUUGUGAACUAUGUACUGUGCACCAAUUAAAAUAAAUUCCAUACUCAAAUAUUUUUAGAUUGUAUGAAACGUGCAGUCAUUGAUAGAUUGACAGAUGACGGAUCUUGUAAUAAACGGAGAUAGCCGUAAUCCCCUACGUUUUAAGCUACUGUUCGCUUUCAAACUUAGCCGGAUUAUACUUCGUGGCCAAUCGCGAUACUGUAAUAACUACUAUUUCAAACUUAUGUCAAACUAGCUGACCUGGCAAACGUUGCUUUGCCAUAUAAUUUAUUUUUAGAGUUAGACCGUUUCUUGGACAUUGUAACGUUACUUUAUUUUAUUUUAAAUAGCCUAAGUUACUCCUUAUUACAUCAGCUACCUGCCAAUACAAGUACCGUCAAAAUCGAUCCAGCCGUUUCAGAGAUUAGCCAGAUAAAACAGACAGAAAAAAAAUUGUUAAAAAUGUUAUUUUGGUGAUGUACCGUAUAUAUAUUCAUAUACAUGUAGUAAAAAACGAUUAUUUCAAUAUUACAAUCAGACACUCCAAUUUUAUUUAUAUGUAUGUAUGUAUAGAUGUCUGCACGUUUCAUACUAAACUAAAUUUCAAUUUUUGCUUAGGUAGUCCCGCCUGUCAUAUCUAAUAUCUAUCUAUAUAAUAAUAGUUUUGUACAUUUUUUGGGAUCAUGUUGUAGAAGCAUAAAGUAGCUUAUAUUAUGUAAUUGUUGUAAAUCAAAAAGAAGAGUAUUAUAGCGGCUGUAAUGUGAAAUAAUCUAUGGAUAGUAUUACAGCGUGACUUGUGUCAGUGAGAUUAGCGACUGGAAGUUGGAACGUUGCUUUUAUAUUUUAUGAUCGAUGAGGUAUGGGGUUUGAAAGACGAUUUAAAUUAUCAAUAUUAUUAAUGUCUCUAUAUAUACCUACAAAUAAUUAUAGAAAUACAUUUUUUUAAAUUUAA